GGGGGCCAGGAGCCGCCUGCAGGCAUCAGGGAGAGGAUGGUGCCCUUACUGUGCGGGCACUCAGCAGCUCCCUUCCCGGCGGGCACUCAGCAGCUCCCUUCCCGGCGGGCACUCAGCAGCUCUCUCCCCGGCGGGCACUCGGCAGCUCUCUCACCGAGCCCCUCGGAGCCCCUUUAUCCUCAGCCGCAGGAAGUGGGCAGCUGCCUGGUCAGUCCUCUCCUCAGAGGAGGGGCGGCGGGGGAGUGGCCUCUCGUUCAGCUGGGUCGCUGUUCCCACCGGCAUCGCCAGCCAGAGUAGAGCCAGCAGGGUUAGGGGGAGAGAAGGGUGUCUCAGCUGCGACUGCAGAAGCACCAACAGCUUCCCCCACUGUGGGCGAGGCAGGUCAAAUGGCGUCCCCACCUUGAGCCACCCCUGGCGAUGCUCAGAGUCAGGCGGCCAAGAUUCCUCGAUGCCCAGGGCAGGUGGUGACAAUGUUGAAACGUGGGCAGAAUCCCUGCCCCGGGGCUGCACGGUGGGCUCUCAGCUUCCAGAACCCCUGCCCACAGGCAGAUCAGUGCACAGAGACCGAAAGCAGUGGGGCUUCACCAAGGCCUGUGCCCACGACCUGAGGCCUAAUCAUCACUGCACGGGUGGAAACGGGGCCCAGGGGAGCCGAGUGCUGGCCAUGGAACCCAGCACCCGGGGCCCCAUGGCCAACCCCAGGCUCUGUCAUCCCAGGUCCACGCAGCAGCCCAACCCGGGGCCCAGCUCUCCUCCGCUGGUGGCCGGGGCAGACGGUUCUCUUCCUCACAGAGAUACCUGUGCCCCUGGCCCACUGGGACGACCUGGCGGGUGCGGUGUGGACAUCACUGCAGGGGACUGGAGGGGCCCCUCCCCAGACUCCACCCAGGGCACCAUAAUGGAAUUCACCCCAACUCUGGGCCUGGGAAGAGCCAGGAGGCACCUGGAGAAACAGCCCGCGAGAGACCUGGAGGGAGAACAAGACGUCCCAGCCUCUUCCGCCAGGGUCAGCGGGCAGCGGCCCUCAAGUGAGAAGGAGAAUGGAGACGGCAAGGCUGCACGUCCUCACGCCCCCACCUCAGCCUGGGGCUCACUCCUGGUCACUCAGCCUUUGUGUAGAAAUGGAACCCUGGUGUCCAUCAGUCUGGCUUCCCUGGUGUGGAGUCAGCUCUCACAGACCUGCAACGUCCUGCCCGCCUCCUUCCCGGGAUCCUGGGAAGACGUUUCCUGGGCACAGGUUGGAGUCUGCUCCUCGUCCCGGGCGUCUGCUGGGCUUCCCCUGGCACCCUGCACACCGGGUGCCUGCUGCUCAUGCUGGGCACCCCUUUGUGACGAGGCCACUGAGCUGCACUUCCUGGGUUGGGAGACCAUUUCCCAAAGGUGUUUUAAUGGAGCCAUUGAGUUUGUGAUGAGCUUAAAACUCGCAUUGGUAUGACUUGAAAAACCGGAAAACAUUAUCUUCUUCCAAUGUGAAAUCGUUUUUAAGGUAAAAGACCUAGGCCAAAAUACAUUUUUGAAGUAGAAAUUCUGCAUAAUUCUAUACCCUGCAGUCCCCGCUCUCGCCACCUGCCGUCACUUCCCUGGCGUACGCACGUGUGUUCAUGAGAGACAGCUGUGCGGUGACGGUGCUGUGAACACUUCCCUCCCUGCUGCCAACCUGCAGGAGAGAUGUCGUGCUUAAUGGCGUGUCGUACCCAGCUGUAUGGAUUUAGGGAAACUUAUUUCACCAGUUCUCCAUGGACAUUUAGGCAAUUUCCAAUAAUUUGCUGUUAUAAACAAUAAUGGGAGGAGCCGGGUGCGGUGGUUCACGCCUGUAAUCCCAGCACUUUGGGAGGUCGAGGUGGGCAGAUCACGAGGCCAGGAGUUCAAG